AUGGCAUUCGCUGGAAAAGAUCCACUAAGAGCUCCAAUAUCUCUUGCUCUAGACAAUAGAGUCAUCUUCACUCAAGAAGGACUUGUUGAAGAAGAGGAUCAAGAAAGGGUCAUUGAAGAUUUUUGUUUACUGCUGAAUGAUGAAGAGAUUGUUGCUGCUGAGGCUCCUGGAGUCCAGAUUGAUCAACCAGAAGUGCAGGCACCUACUGUGGCCAUUCACACUUCACCAGUUGAGCUCGCACAACAAGCUCGAUCGGCAGCUCGAUCGAGUCCAACUCUAGCUCGAUCGAGUCCGACCUCUUCUGUCCGACAGCCAAUUUUUGCUUGA